GGUGUCGCGGUCGGUGUUUCGGUUCCCGGCGGUGCCUGAGGCCUCUUUCCUCUCUUCCUCUCGUAGCUGCCUCUGUCCCUGCUGAAGACGGCGCAGAACCACCCCAUGCUGGUGGAGCUGAAGAACGGAGAGACGUACAACGGGCACCUGGUGAGCUGCGACAACUGGAUGAACAUCAACCUGCGGGAGGUCAUCUGCACGUCCCGGGAUGGAGACAAGUUCUGGAGAAUGCCAGAGUGCUACAUUCGUGGCAGCACAAUUAAAUACCUGCGUAUCCCCGAUGAAAUAAUUGACAUGGUGAAAGAAGAGGUGGUGUCCAAGGGCAGAGGCCGUGGUGGGAUGCAACAGCAGAAGCAACAGAAGGGCCGUGGUGUUGGAGGUGCUGGACGAGGUGUGUUUGGUGGCCGUGGCCGAGGAAUACCUGGCAGUGGAAGAGGCCAGCAGGAAAAAAAGCCAGGCAGACAAUCAGCAAAGCAAUGAGAGGCUGUCUGUGCCCUGGCUGGGGACAGUGCUGCGAUGCCGGUUGGUUUUUAUCACCUCAGGAUUGCCAUGUGUUCAAAAAAAAACGUUCCCUUUCUACUCUUCCGCCAGCUGAUCAGUGCCCGAAUCGUGUAGUUUGGAAGCCCCUCACAAUUUAAUCUGGUGGAGUGGAGUUAUUCGCUCCUUGUAGUCAGCAAGUCAUUGGAAAUAUUUAAAAAAAAAAACAAAACAAACAAAACCAAACCAUUCAUGGGUAAGGACCUAAGUUCUGCCUUCUCCUGAGAGUGAAAGCACUAUUUAAUUUUUCAGGGUCACCAGGUUUAAUUUAAAAAGAUUAUCCUGUACAGUGGUACAAGAACGAAGGCAAACACUUUUCUGGAUUGUUUGGAUUCUUUUUUUUUUUUUUUAAUACUUGAAACUUGGGAAACUUGUUGCAUUUGUAAACAGAUGCGAGUGUUUUGGUUUAGAAACACUGAACUUGAGGAUAUUGUAUCUUUGCAUGAUUAGUCUUAAGGGUUUGGGGUUUUCGAAAAACAACAAACUUUUAAGCUGUUGCUUAUCUUCUAUUUCUGGCCAGUCAGUUCUGUCUCUCUCCUAUAGCUUAAAGGAGAGAUUGGAAUGAACAUUGCAUUGGCCUUCAGGGGUUGUUUCCAAGAGAGCGUUGUGAUAAAUGAGGGUUUCCCAAUUAGUGUAUUACUAAUUUGACUUCAGAUUAGAAGUUUCCUUUAAAGGAAAGGGUUUUCUGUGUUUUCUCGCAGAAGGCUGGUGUUCCCCUUAACUUUCCAUGGGUGUUUUUAUUUUCUGAAAAGCAACCAAGCUGCUGGUUUAUUUUUCCCCUCCACUUUGAAAACUCCCCCUCGUGCCUGUGACAAAAUCCUGAACUCUGACAAUAUUUCUCAAGCUGAUUUCUUCUGGUACCUAGUGAUUGACUUCACUACACCUACUUGUCACGUCCUUUUCUGGUCACUGAUCAUCUUUCCUUGAGGACACAGACCAGUGUGGGAGUGUGUAGGUUAAGAAAGCUCCUGUGAAUUCCCAGGUCGGGUUGCUCCAGUCUUCCAUCCCCCGGGGUGCAGGGUCCCCUGAGCAAAAUGCACCCACAAAAUAUCCUGGCUGGUCUGAAUCGCGGGGGGGGGGGAAGCAAGAGGCUCUGGCUGUGCCUCGACACCCUGAAUGGAUGAAACAGCUUCAUUUUAGGGGAAAAGCUGAUAUUGUGACUUGUUCUGAAGAGUUUUUUUGGUUUUUACAACUGAUUCCCAUAUUGAAGCCUACUCUUUGCCAGCACCACUGUAUUGAGAAUGAGUAAAGAACAUGCUUUUAUAUAUACUUAUUUUUUUAAUGUUUAUAGAAUUUGUGCACAGUGGUGAGUAGGAAUAAAUCACCAACCUCUA